CGCGGGCGCCGCGCACCAGCCGAACACUGCCAGAAGGCCUGGCACCACAUGACUUCGGCGGAUGAAACACGUUGUGGCGCCCCCAUGGUCGGGCGGCGCUCACGAGCUCAGGCGCACCGUUAUCGGCUUCGACGGCGCCACUUCCGAAUCGGUGUUGCCACUGGCUUUCCGCCAGGAAUUGUACUACGACCAGAGGACCGACUGGAUCUACGACAUGCAGAUGACCUACAGCACACCGCCGUCGUCACCGACGAGGUGCCAAAGCUCAUCAUCGAGGAGCGCUUGAACGAGAGCACGCAGUUCGCGUGCGAUUUCUCCCACACGGUUGAGGAGGAACUGCGCUAUUGGGCUGAGCUUGACACGAACCAGCCGCUGGACAUGUACGCCGAGAUGUUCGAGACGAACGGCGACGAGCUGAUGUGCUGCCACACUUCGGCAUCCAGGGACGAGUUCACCCGUUCGAAGGAGCGCGAGAUUGUUGACACCUGCUACGCUGGCACGGAUGACCCUUCCAUGGCCGACUCCAACUACGCCGAGAUGGCCGAGACUAACGCCGACUACAAGCAGUUCGCGUGCGAUUUCCCCCGCAUAGUUGAGGAGGAGCUGCGUUACGGGGCCGAGCUUAACACGAACCAGCCGCUGGACGGGUACGCCGAGAUGGCCGAGACGAAGGGCGACCAGCUGAUGUGCUACCACACCUCUACCACAAGGCACGAGAUUAGCCGCCCGAGCGAGCAUGAGGCUGUCGACACCUGCUACGCUGGUACUGAGGACCCUUCCAUGACCGACUCCAUCGAUGACCUAUCCCCGUCGACAUCCGCGACGCCAUCAACGAGGCCAUCGCCAUGCAGAUGACCCGCCUCACGGGCACCAGCGAAGAGAUCGCAUGCUUGGCCGUCGAGCGCGUGUUCGACGCCACCGUUUCUCACCCCGUUUGGGAGCAGGACGGCGCGCUGAUGGUUGUCAACGGCUUGGCUAUCGAUUGCAGCAACGACCUCGACGCUUACCGCUGGCUCCACUGAGCACGCACACGCAUUGCUAGCGCCCCUUGCUCUGUCUCGGUUUUCUUUCAGCCACGCCCGUGCCCGAGCACGCACGCUGCUAUAGCCGAUGCGGACAAUGGCCUCGACUUCCGUUCGCUGCAUGGCCAUGUGUCGAGUGUCAGUUUAUGCCGAAAUUCUUUCGUCGCCUAGCUAACGGUGCGCCGGACGCCUCCCUGUGCAGCACCCACGGAUGACGAGCCCAUGCGGGGCAGUUCAGAAGCAUUGGGUGC